GUUGCCAUUUUGAUAUUCAGUUUGACAACAGGCGUCGAUAUUUGUCUACAGGCAGCAGCCGCAAUAUCUCGUUGAAAAAUGCUGAUAUAUAAAGAAAGGAUGCAAAAUACAAGUUUUUAGUGCUAUACAAAUAUUUAUAAAACGAAAACAAUUCAUUUAUCACACCCGUAUACAGCAACAUUCUUCGCAUUUGGCAACUGCCGUCGAUCCUGGUUUUGUGCUUUUUUCUAAAGCCUUGAUGGCUAAAUGUUCUUUAUGGCGAAACCUCCUUUCUACCCACUUUAGUUAAUACAAACACAAAUUCUGUAGCUAAGAUCACCUGAAUUUGCUUAUUUUUGUGUUUUUACAGCACAUUUGAAUAUAACUUGACGGUGUUUUAUUGGAUUGUCCCAAUCCUAGCAUGUCCUAUGAGGAUUGGUUGAAUUUGGUAAAAAGUGCUGAUAAGUCAUCUGUCAUACAAGGAAAUGUGCGAAAAGUGCACUAUCGAUUUCCUGAUGGCAGGGAAAUGGCCGAAGAAUACAGUACAGAUACCGGUGUAGUUUUGCGGCGCGCCUGGAAAAAUAAAAGUACUCUACUGCAUAAAGAAGAUUGGGUGUUAGAACUUGGGGAAUCAAUACCUGCAGGACUUAAAGAAAAUGAAGAAAUGUUAAAAGAAUGUUGUACCGAACCUUUGCUUACCAAAAGAUUGACGCGUAAUGCUAUUGAAUGGAGAAUCAGAAAUUUACCGUAUCCUGUUACAACUUAUACUAUAACAUGUAGCGAGAACGAAAAAACUCUUACCAUUAAAACUUCUAACAAUAAGUAUUUCAAGAAAAUAAGUGUGCCAGAAUUUCAACGAUGUAACUUUCUUCCAAAGCAGGAACACUUGAAUGUAGUUUACAAAAACGCAACUCUUAUAAUAACGGUUAAGAAACCUGCAAUUCUUUUAGAAAUGGAACGAGCUAUUUUAACAGUGCUUCAAGAUGUGGAAACCAUGGAAUAUAAUAAUGUUUGUUGUGAAAAUCUCUUGGGUGGCCUCAUGAUACAAGAAUAAAAAAUAACAUCGAUACAAAA